GACGCGUAAUGCAGGGUGUAUGUGAUCUGUGUCGUUUCCUGCUUCCAAACUGACCAUCCAGUGGAUAAUUAAAAAAAUAUAUAUAAAAAAAAAAUGCCCGAUCCAGCAAAGUCAGCCCCUGCGCCUAAGAAAGGCUCCAAAAAGGCCGUGACCAAAACGCAGAAGAAAGGCGACAAAAAGCGACGCAAGACCAGGAAAGAAAGCUAUGCCAUCUAUGUGUACAAGGUACUGAAGCAGGUCCACCCAGACACGGGGAUCUCCUCCAAGGCCAUGGGCAUCAUGAACUCCUUCGUCAACGACAUCUUCGAGCGCAUCGCCGGAGAAGCGUCGCGUCUGGCGCACUAUAAUAAAAGAUCCACCAUCACGUCCAGGGAGAUCCAGACCGCCGUGCGCCUGCUUCUACCCGGGGAGUUGGCCAAGCACGCAGUGUCCGAGGGCACCAAGGCCGUGACCAAGUACACCAGCUCCAAAUAAGAGCCGGACUGGAGCUCAACAGGAGGCAUUGAACCAUCACCAAGACCACAGACACGCCGCAUCCUGGUGUCCGCUGUUCAUUUGAUGCCAAAACUGUCAUUUUUGCGCCAUUAAGAAGAAACUGAAUGCCCAUUUAACCAAGGCCUUAUACUGAAUGUAUUACUGUGCUGUAGCCACUUUGAUUGUAACUUUUCCUUUUUUUUUUUUUGUCGUAACGUUUUUAACUAAUUAUUUAAUAAAUUCAGAAUCGAAGAUCUUAAAAUGAUAAAGAUCUCCAUUGUAAGACUAAUUUGUAUCCAUGCACUUUAUUAAAGUAAAACCACAUAUCUGAUUAUAUCAGAGUAAUAUGAAUUAAAUCUGUGUUUGUUAGUGGUCAGUG